AUGGGUGUGAAGACGAGGUCCGCGAGUUCCAGUCCAGUGAAAAUGGCAACGCCGACGUUGGCCGCUCAGACGUCCAAUGUUCAACAGCAAGAACCACUGAAGGUGCUAUUACUGCCUACCAAUCUCUCCUCGGAAGCACGCAUACUGAAUCUUCGACACCCGCUCGACGGAUCGAGCAAGCGAUUUCUAUUCUGUCCCAAACGGGGUCUCUACGAGUUCACCCGUGUAUGCCAUCCUCCAUCCGAAUAUAGAAGUAUCCUCCUCUCCAAGCCUCAAACACGCGGAGACGGACCUGCGAAAGCCGACGAUAGUGCCGCCGUGAGCGACGGAUACGUUACGAAAGACGCACAAAUGAUGGUCGCUACGCCAUUUGAUCUCUGCUUUGUUCUGCUCGCAGUACUGCCAUCGUCCAUGGCGGGCUCCCCCAAGGCACUGUUCCAACCAGUAGACGACCUAUUCGAGAACUCGGUGGCCGAGGACAAGCAUCUGCAGUGCAUCAUCACACAAGGACCACAAUUGAUAGAAGAGGCUUUGAAACAGAUUUGCGAUACAGUCGAUGCAGGCGACGAGACCAUGUACCGUAUAAGCGAGGUGAAAACCACGGCCUACAUCCAGCAAAAGAUCGCGCGAGUUGUCGAGAGAGGUCUGCCUCCCAGUUUAGAAGAGCGUUUCGUGGCUCGUGCACUUGAGACACCGGUGUUGAGCGUCAAGCGCGAGCAGAGUACGUUGACUGUUGUCGAAGAUGACUGUACUGGAAUAGAUGAGGGGUUGAAGAUGGACAGCUUCGAUUCGCAAUCCUCGGCCCCGAGUACAGCUCCAUCUAUUGUCUUCUCCGAGGUCUCUACUGUGAGCUCUACGGCUGUCACUACCCCAGCGGACAGCGCUUCAUCAGAGAUCACAAAUCUACAAAGACAACGUGUCGCGCUUGACUUCAUCAUUACUUCUUACAUGUCACCGAAGCUCGCUGCCCAUCUUCUAGGCCAUUUCCAAAGUCCACAAUCCCCAAUCAAUUUCACACCGCUGGAACAGCACAUGGAACAGCUCGCUAAGCUGAAAGCCGAAGCAUUGGCUACACGGUCUCUUGGGGACUUCAGUCGAAAGCGAGAGCUUGAUGAGGAGGAGGCUGCUGAGGAGCGAGCGGAGAAGAAACGCAAGCAGGACGAAGAAGACAAGAGACGCAAAGCGAGUCAGUCGCGUGGCGUCAAGGAUUUAGCAAAGGCCAAUGUUGUUGGGAUGAAGAAGAUGUCGGACUUCUUUGCAAAGAAACCUGCCGCAAAGACGAAAUCUUGA